CCGGUUGAUCUCAGCAAAGGAAACAAGAACCGUCCGUCCCGUGCGCCACUUGAGAAGGUGGCAGUAAUGUACAUACAGCUGCUUGCCAGCCGCCAUUAAAACCAUAAAGAAGAAGAAGAAGGAGGCGGAGAAGAAAGAAGGACCUUUAAACCGUAGCCUGAGAACAACACAACAGGACGACGGCGAGUUUUCGCUUCGGAGCUGAGCUAUUUUUGGUGACAGUCUCGGUCUCCGGAGAUUUGAAUCAGCUCUAAUCCAAAAUGCCUCUAAAUGAUGAGCAACCCACCUCCACAUCCAGCGGGGAGGACCAAGGCAGUGAUGUGGAGUCCUCGUCGGAGCGCUGCGACAGCAUGACGUUGGCCAGUGACCUGGACUGCUCACGUGAAAGUUUCUCCAGUGACUGCUCCAGUAAACAUUGCACACCCUCCUCAAGCCCACCUAAAACUUUAACUCUGGACGAAGUCAUGGAUGCUGGAAGAGACUUGUUCAACUUGAGUCUUUCCCAUGAAAUUGUUGUGAACCAGAGUUUCCGAAUGGAGCUGAAUACCAUACCCCAAGACAGUUUAGGGAAGAUGGUUAGAGAUAAUCUCCACAAGGCUUUCUGGGACAUCUUGGAGGCUGAGCUGAAUGAUGACCCUCCUGAGUAUGGACAAGCCAUCAAAUUACUGGAGGAGAUCAGAGAGAUCUUACUGUCAUUCCUUAAUCCGGGAGCCAAUCGGAUGCGGACCCAGAUCAUGGAGGUGCUGGACAUGGACCUGAUUCGUCAGCAGGCUGACAACGACGCUGUAGACAUCCAGGGGCUUGCCUCUUACAUAAUCACCACCAUGGGCAAGAUGUGCGCACCACUGAGAGACGAGGAAAUCAAGAAGCUACGAGAAAGCACACUUAACAUAGUGGCACUCUUCAGGGAGAUAUUCCGUGUGUUGGACCUGAUGAAGGCAGACAUUGUCAACAUUACAAUUGAACAACUGCGGCCUGUGCUGCAGAGACACAGUGUUGAGUAUGAGAGGGCAACGUUUCAGAGGAUCCUGGACAAAACACCCAGUGCUUUGGACCACACCACCUCCUGGAUCAAGUCUUCCCUUGAAGAGCUGCAGUCAGCCACCGUACCCAAAGAGCAAGCGAACGGUGAUGGAAAAAGACAGCAAGUGGUGCCUGGGCCCUUUCAGGUCAUCAAUGUUGCCUUCCUCCGUAUCCUCACAGGAGACUUCUUUAAAGGCCCACUGCCUGAGACCUUGGCGACAGAUGAAACCCGCCUGCUGGAGAUUCACUGGCAGCUUCAGCAGUGUCAGGCAGUGAACGAGGUGCUGCUUAUUGUCUAUAGCACCGUUGGAGGGCCUAUCCAGGGCCUUCCCUCCCUGUCUGACCGUCUGAAGAGGAUGAUCAGUGUGUUGCUGGACGGGAUGCACAGACCGGAUUUCAACAUACAAGAGUCACUCGAGGGCAUCAGUGCACAGAUCUGCUGUGAGCUCAACAAGUCUUUAACAGAGAGGAACUAUCCCGCACUCACCCCAGCACUUCAAGCCACCCUCACGGGUCAGAUCUGCAGCAUCACCCAGAAGGACAAUCCCAUCCGCACUCUUGUUGAGGAUCGUGUUCAGCUGUACGUCAUGGCCCUUCUCAGUGACCCCAAAUCCCAGCUCAAACUUGAACAGGUACCAGCUGGCUUGACCGCUAUCAAGCCUGAACUAGCACUGCUGGGAACGAAGUUCGUCUCCCUGGUCAACUACAACAAAAGUGUUUAUGGACCUUUCUAUGCGGACAUCAUCAGGAAGCUGUUGUUCAGCAACAGCCCUCCUGCAGCAGGCUUUCCUCAGGACACAGCUCAGGACUCUGUCACCCACAAUUAAAUAUUUUUCUAUCAGACAGGUCUAAACCUGAGAAGAUGUGUGUGUGUGUAAAUGGUUGUAUUUAUAUAGCGCUUUUACAUGAUAUGUCACAUUCACCCAUUCACUGAUGGCGGAAGCUGCAAGGCACUAACCACAACCCAUCAGGAGCAAUUAGGGGUUAGGUGUCUUGCUCAGGGACACCUCAACAUGAGCUUGACGGGCCAAGGAUCGAACCGGCAACCUUCCAGUUACAAGACAGCCACUCUACCCACUGAGCCAUGCCGUCCAUGUGAGAGAGAGAGAGUGAGAGUGUAAGGGGGGCUCUGUGUAUACUCAAAUGUGUUUGAGCUUUGUCAAACAGGUUUUUAUAAUACAAAGAAGGACAAGGUAUGGGAAGGGAGAAGACAAAAAACAGUAGAUACAUAUAAAGAAAUGAUCUCUUUCUGAACCUUACAGUGAUACCCCAUUUCAUGUAAUUCUCUGUUGUGAAACUCUUAGAGAGAAAAGGGGCAAAACUUUAGUAUGUAUAACACAUACAGCAAGCUUUAUAAAUCAAAAAGGAAGAAACUUCUAUAUAUAGGAAAUUAACAGAGUAGCAUUUCAGAUUCUUUACUUAAAUAAAGUUACUUAUCAUUGUUCAGUACUGAGGUAUAUCUAUAGUUUGUCACAGGGAAAUUAUCAAUAGCAAGUGCCACAUAUGCAGAUAUUAAUGCAAAACAUGAGCGAGCCCUUAAUUCAGUGACUUAGUACUUUGAUUGUCCCUUACCUUUUUUUCUUAAUCUGUCAGAAUAUUUAAUUUUCUGUAUUAUUUUUCAUCCACCCUGGGUUUUGUCUUGUUAAAAAAGUUGUCUGCAUGAGUGUCUUUGUGUUGGGAUUUGGUCAUUUUAGUUUUUACUUGAGUAAUUCUUUGGAAUAUUUGUCACAUGUGUUUUCUGUACUUUGACGUAAUAUCUACUAGUGGAGUAUAAGUUGUAUUGAUUUUGUUGCUAUGCUUGUUACAUUUUAAAGUACUGUAGUUUUUUUUCAGUAUUGCCUAUUAAGUAUGUCGGCUGUCAGAACACGUUGGGAAAGGUGCUGAACUCAAAAGUGAUUUUUGUGUCCAAAAUUUCCAGCGGACCUAUGCUUAUGCACAAAGAAAAGCAGUUGUGUAGUUUUACAAAAGUCUCCAUGAAAAUGCUGAGAAGUUGCUGUUCUUUUCUUCUGUACCACACUUAAUAUAAUAAAACUUCAGAAAGAAAACUAAA